UUUCAAUUAUGUCUAUUAAUUUCAAAAAAAAGCCCUAAAUGAAUCCUUAAGUAAUAUAUGUAGAUUAAUAAAUUGUAGAGAGCUAGUGAUUUUGAAAACCUUUUUUCGAAAGUAUAAUAAGAUAUCGAUUAAAAUGAUGUUCUCUAUAAUAUAUCUCCAUUAAUGGAAAAGGAUUAAGUAAAUUACUAAUUCUGGAGAUUUGAGUUUAGAGGCCAAGGAAACUUUGAAGGAAAAUGCAUUAGUGGUCUUAACUUUUAUUGAUAUUAAUAGGUGUUUUAAAGUUGUAAUCAGAUCAUCCUGUAUCUGCUCCAAUAUUUUACUUUGAUCCAAUAAGAGUAGGAUAAAUUGAUGAAGUUAUAUAGCACUUAAAUAUUUAUGGAGGUAAAAUAGUUAAAAUCGUAUAAAGAUCACACUUUAUGCAUUCCAUUAUUCACUUAUUGGAAGAAAACUACAUCUGAAUAUGAAAUAUUGUAAGCCAUUGAGCACAUUUUUCAUAAUCCUAAUUGGUAGGAAGGUGAUGCUCCUGCUAAUCCAGGUUUUGCGUCGGAGGAUCAAAAGAAAAGAGAAUAGAUUUAAAGGAGUUAGGCAAAAUAUAUACCAGGUUUUUAAAAGUCAUAAUGAG